GUGACGAGGAAGGAUGAAUGGCGCGACACGAAGACGAACGACUGGAUUGGGAGUCUCGGGCUGCUGACCUGCUCGUGCUCGCGAGUCUCGACUGCUGCUGUCGACGGGAAGAAGAAGGAAGGAGGUGGACGAAAGGGAAAGAGGGAGGACGAAGGUGGAGACCGAAUUUUGGUUUGUACUCGAUGGGUUCGGUUAUCUCCACCGAUUAAUCGACUAACCGUAAGUCCGUAACCCCUUAUUAUUUCCCCUCCGACACCGACCAAUACUAUAUCUUAUCAGUUUUCGCGGUUAGCCUGUAAUUGGUCAGAAGUUUCGAUUAUGACCAACGGUUAUCCACCAACCGAGAACCGAAUGGCAAGCCCUACUGACUCUAAUUUAACCACGCAAAACUAUAUCUUUCUUUUGUUUUCUUUUGCCCUCGACCUUUUCAGUUCCGUUCAACAAGACCAUUAACGUACUUAUCCAUAUAAAAAGGAUAAGUGUUGCUUGCAUGGAAGGUCAGACAAAUAGAAUUUUUCCCUCUUUUCUCUACUAAUCUCUCAUUCCUCCUGUUCGUCUUCUUCUUCUUCCUCCUCAGCGUAUCCUUCCUUCCAAUCGCCGGAAAGAUACUGUUAUGAUAUCGGGCCAUUGUAGCGUUUCGUAGAAGACUGGGCUUGCAUAUCUAUUAGUAUUAGUUUAUUAUUAUAGUGUUAAUUAGUGUUUCCUUGUUCAAGUGAGUUUUGGUUAUUGUUAGUCGUUUCCUUAGAAAAGUAGGAGUCACGUUCUAGCUAGGAUAAGGUAGAGGUAUCUAAGCCUAUAAAUAUGUAAUAUGUCUUUCGUUUAAUGAUAGUAUCUCCUUUAUUUGCUUUUCUUUAGUUAUUUUCGUUUGAGAGUUCUUUGCGUUUUACUCCUUUUUACGAAAAAUCUCAAAAACCGCCAUCCCCUACCUCACAUCACCGUAACAGAUACCUACUCCGUCCGUGCGUUACAUAAAACCCCUGAUUAGGGUUUCCCCUUUGCGUCCUUGAGGCUGAUUCAUAUAAUGGCUACCGCUAGGGCAACCGCUACGGCGGCGGAGGAGCUGUCUAUGGAACCCCUGUCUCUGGAAGAGAGACAGCAGGGCAGGCGAAGGAGGAAGGAUCAUGAUUCGUGGAAGAAGAUUGCGCCGGUGGUGUACACGAAGAUGGAUGCGGAGGCCUUGAUGCGUGAUAUGAGAGAGACUCAGCAUCUAGAUGCGGAUAUGUUCGCCGACGAGAAUGAUUUGGAUGUUGAGGCCGCCAAGAAGGAACGCGAUCAUAUAAUUAAGCUGGAAAAGCUGAUCUCUGCACAGUCUGCAGUUAUGGCCUCCGCGAGCUGGGCUGAAUCAUCUGGCCACAACAAGUUGCUUGAUUACUACAUGAACGAGUCUACCGGUGCCCCUUCCUCGCCACAAAACUGAGGAGGAGGAGGAGGAGGAGGAGGAGGAGGAGUUCUCUGCAUCUGGUUUGCUUGCUUGCUUUGUUAGCUUUCGUGUGUUUAUGUUGGUUCUGUGAAUGAGUUUGCUUGCUUUUGAUGCCCCUGCAUUAAAAAAUUCCCCUGCAUUUUGAAGUUGUGAUCUUUCAUGAUCAUGUCUCCUCUGAUCUUUCAUGAUCUCCGGAUUUUGUUACCUCUGUUGUUGCACUGCCUAGAUGAUGUCGUUGUUGAUGAAGAUUAUGGGUAGGAUUUAGGAAGAACAGUUCCUUUAUGGUUCUAUUCAGAAGUCUGAGUCUAUCUCUAUCUCUUAGCUUCCUGAGUCUGAUUGAAUGCAUUGUUCAGAUAAGAUUGGAAUUCCCCCUGAAAGGGAAGUUUAGAAACUUCAAAGCAAAGGGCAUUUUCAAUCUCUCCAAUCUGUGGCUUUGUGAUGCUGCCACUGUGUACACAUGUCUUGGUGGAUUGUAGGUUAGGAAUUUAGAAGAAAAAAAACAGAGAAAGGUGAAUUGUCUAAUGGGAUAAGUGAACUUGAUGAUUGUUCCAACUUCCAACCAUCCAUUCUUGUUUCUCCUGCACCAGUCUCCAUACCUGUAACUCACGUUUCUGUCUUGUUUCCCCUGUGUUCUACAGCUAUAUAGCUAUGUCGUCAUUUUUCCAAUAACGAAAUUAAACGUACAUAGGUCAGAAGAUCUCAAGUACGAUCUCUAUAUAUAUGAUCCGACUGUUUACAAAAUCCGCAGAACAGGCAAGUUGUUGUUCAUGAUGGGUCGCUUAGCUUGCUCGAUCGUCACUGAAUUCUUUCCUCUCUCUCAAAUCUUACCGAAUCAUGUGGAAUUCCCAAAUCCGUGGGUAUACCCAUUUUUGUAUUCACCCGAACAUUGGAUUUGUUCAACUCUCACUAGUGUUGGAUUUGAAGUCCAAAUCCAAACUUCAAAUCCACGAUCCAAAUCCUUGAUUCAAGUGAUUUCAUUAUAUAGUUUGAGAUGGUUUCACCUAUCAUGUUAUUAAAAAUAUUACAUCAAAUUAUAUCGGGAAUAAGCCGAUCUUCAUUAACAGUUGAGAUAUGUAUGACAAUAACAUAUAGAUCUUGAAUAUGAUAAAAAUAUCACAAUGCCACCGCACAUCAAAAUAUCACAACUCCUCACUCUUUCACAUAUAUUCGUUAAUAAAUACUGCUCUCUGAAAACCGAAAGCGUAGUUUAAUUUUGCCCCCCAUAAAAAAUUACUUUUUUGCAUUACUCCUGGCAUCUACUUCUUCCAAAAAGCUUGCACUGAAGUUGUUGUUGUUGAUCACGUAUUCUAUGCAAGAGCUACCUACACGUUAUGAAUUUUCCCAAGUUUGUUAAAAGAUAUUGAAGCAAGAUUUACCAAACAUGGUUUUCUGUGACAUAAUAAAGAACAUUCAAUUUAGCAGCAGAAAGCAUAAAUAUUUCAGCAGGUUGGGUGUCUCUUCUUUUGUUGAGAGGACAGGUUUUACUUAAAUCGGACUAUCUGGCGCAACGCUCUCAAUCCAUGAUGUAUGGACUCAAUGUUGUUUUUGGGUUCGUGUUCUGGGUCUGGUUGUAAUCGCUUUCUCUUGGGAGGGUCUAGAGUGCUAAUAGAUGAUAUGUUCAACC